CAGGAUUUCCGUGAGGUGUCUCCAUCCGGAAGGUGCUGUUUUGGAAGAGCUUGCAUUUAAUACUAACACCAGAACGUUUUGGACUUUACUAACACCAACGUCAUGGCAUCCCGUGUCCAUCCGCCAACAGUGCAAGUCUCAGUUAUUGAUAAUGACAGGUUGCUGAAGUUGAAGGAAAUGUUUCUCACUAAAUAUGGAUCUGAACCUAAAUUUUAUGUUCGUGCUCCAGGACGGGUGAACUUAAUAGGAGAACAUAUUGACUAUUGUGGUUAUGCUGUUCUUCCAAUGGCUAUUGAACAAGACAUCUUAGCUGCCGUACAACCUGUUGGUGGUCAAGUGAUUCAAUUGUCCAAUGCAAACCCUUCUUAUUUGGACUUCUCAGCGAGGUGUAAAUGAUAUUCAGAUCGAUAAACAAAGCCUUUGUGGCACAAUUACUUCCUAUGUGGACUAAAAGGAAUUCAGGAUCACUUCAAUCUGAGCAGCCCUAGUGGAAUGAAUUGCUUGGUGGAUGGAACCAUUCCUCCAAGUUCUGGUCUCUCCAGUUCCAGUGCCUUGGUGUGUUGUGCUGGGCUAGUUGCACUAACUGCAAAUAACUUGGUUCUUUCAAAGGUGGAACUUGCUGAGACAUGUGCCGGAUGUGAGCGUUAUAUUGGUACAGAGGGAGGAGGCAUGGACCAAUCCAUUUCAUUCCUUGCAGAAGAAGGAACUGCCAAACUCAUAGAGUUCAGUCCCCUGAGAUCAACAGACGUGAAGCUUCCAAAUGAAGCAGUUUUUGUGAUUGCCAACAGUUGUGUUGAAAUGAAUAAAGCUGCAACAUCUCAUUUCAAUAUAAGGGUCAUGGAGUGCCGUCUAGCCACAAAGAUUCUAGCAAAGUCAAAAGGACUAGACUGGAAAAGCCUGAUGAAGCUUGAAGCUGUCCAAAGUAAACUUGGGUUCACCCUUGAAGACAUUCUGGCUGUUGUGGAGGAAGUUCUUCAUCCAGAGCCAUACAAGCGAGAAGAAAUUUGUGAGUGUUUGGGAAUUAGUUUAGAAGAGCUUCGUACAACCAUCCUGAGCCAAAACACACAAGAUGUUGCCACCUUCAAGUUGUAUCAGCGAGCUAAGCAUGUGUACACUGAGGCUGCCAGAGUGCUUUACUUUAAGACCAUUUGUGAUGAGGCACCUGCCAAUGCUGUCCAGUUGCUAGGAGACCUCAUGAACCAGAGCCACGCGAGCUGCAGAGACCUGUACGAAUGCAGCUGCCCUGAACUCGAUCAGCUGGUGGACAUCUGUCUGAGAUCUGGAGCUGUGGGUUCACGACUCACUGGGGCUGGAUGGGGAGGAUGUGCUGUUUCAAUGGUUCCUGUUGACAAGCUGACUGAUUUCUUAGCUUGUGUGAAUGAUGCUUACUACAAAACCAAUGACCAUAGAUUAUCACUGCAGAAAAAAAGUCUGUUUGCUACAAAGCCUGGAAGUGGGGCAAUGGUUUUUCUUGAAGCUUAAAUAAAUGUAAAACUGUUUGUUUUUUGUUUUUUUAAACAAAAAAUAUGUUGCAGUUUUUCAUGUUGCAAGUAGCUCUAAUUGCCAGCUGAAAGCCUUACUUUGAUACAAUAUUGUAGAGACACAAUAAAGCUUUUUUCCGUCAAA